AUGUCAGAGCCCGACAGUCCACGGAGACUGGGCUCUGCGAGCACCGCAGGGGAGCGGACGGAGCGGACGGAGCGGACGGAAGGGCCUGCGGGGGACGCGACGCCAGCAACACAGCUGCCAAAGAAGGGUGGUAUCUCAUUGGGGGGCUUGAAACGCUCCAGCAGCCACGUAGCGGCAGUACUGGGCAAAUCUCUCCAUACGUACAACAAAGAGAGGUCCUCGAUCGGGACAUCAGGGACCCGCAGAAAACUGAAGCAGUCCAGAUGGCGAGCAUUUGUGGGUAGUCUCAUGGGCCGCUGCGGAUGUUGUCAGAGUGCCGAAGGAGCAGUUCCACCUGCUGUGAGUCUCAUGACAGACGUGGAAGACCUGAAGCAGAACGUGCGAGCGAGGAUGUCCAAGCACACCUAUUCGGUGAAGGACCACUACAAGACAGAAGGAAUCUGCCAACAGAUUGCAAGAAGCAACUGGUUUGAAAAUCUGACCCUGACGAUCAUUGCCGUCAACUCUUUGUGGAUCUGGAUUGACACGGACAACAAUGACGCGUCAAUUAUCACAGAGGCCAAGGUCGAAUUUCAAAUCGCGGAGAAUCUGUUUUGCACCUUCUUCACAUUCGAGUGGCUGGUGCGAUUGUUUGCGUUUCAACGGAAAGUUCUAGCUCUCACUGAUGCAUGGUUUGUAUUAGACACGCUCUUGGUGUCCUUAAUGAUCGUGGAGACCUGGAUUACGCCGUUGGUGCUCUCCAUCUUGCAGAUUUCGAGUGACGGCAUGGGCGAUGCCACAAUCUUGCGACUGGUUCGCUUGCUUCGCCUAGCUCGGAUGACACGAGUAGCAAAGCUCCUCAGAGCUUUUCCGGAAGUGCUCAUCAUGAUCAAAGGCAUUAGCGCAGCGGCGCGAUCUGUCGUCUUCACCAUUUGUUUGCUUAUUUUGGUGCUUUAUGUGUUCGGCAUCGCCUUCAAGCAGAUUUGCGAUGGUUUGCCAAUAGGAACCACCAGCUUCAGCACGGUGCCAGAAGCCAUGCUGACGCUCUUGAUUCAUGGAGUGUUUAUGGAUGAUAUGGCGGAGUUGGUGGCGGCCAUUCGGCAAGAUAGCGCCGUCGCCUUCGGCACGUUCAUCAUUUUUGUGCUGAUUGCAUCCAUCACGCUGAUGAACAUGUUGAUCGGAGUUCUCUGCGAGGUGGUCUCCAUGGUGGGCCAAUCAGAGCGUGAAGAGCUGUUGGUGGACUUUGUGAAGCGCGAACUGAUGGACAUUAUUAUUGAAGCUGACGAGGACGGUGAUGGGCUGAUGUCACAUCAAGAAUUCUUGAGGAUUUUGGAAAGUCCUGAAGGGCUUCGUGCGUUAGAAACAGUCGGAGUCGAUCCAGUGGGUCUCAUUGACUAUGCCGAUACCAUUUUCGCGCAGGACGAUGGUGACGUUGGCGAGACCGUUUUGUUUUCUCACUUCAUGAGUGAGAUCCUGCAGCUGCGGGGCUCCAACACGGCCACGGUGAAGGAAUACUCGGAAUGGGCACUUUUGUGGGAACAGUCCAUCCAGUACCAGAAACGAUACUUGUGCGCCCCCAGACUGAUCAAUGAACUUGGCGGCACGGCGAGACGCCUGGUGACCGGGAAGCGGCCCGAGUGGGUAUCCUUCAACGGAGGGGUUCAGAAGUUGUUGGAGCACUUACGUGACCAUCUGGGGUUGCCCCAGAUGCCUGAGGCUGCGGAGUUCCUCACCAGGUACUUCAAGCAGACGAGACGCCGCAAAGGCGAGACGAUCAACGAGUACAUCACCCGCAAGACGGAGGCCUACUCCAGAGCCCGACAAGCUCUGGAUCGGGUGCAGAAGUCUUUGGGACAAGCUCAUCAGAGCAACAGCUGGAGUGGCAGAGGCCUUGGCUCCUCCACAAGGGCAACGCCGAGUGGGAUGGACCCAUGGCAGGCUCGAGGACAAGACCCUUGGAGCCGAAGUCAGAGAGACGAGAGUCGAACAAGCGAUUCUGCUCCAGCAGGAUCAACUUCAGCACCAGCAGAAGGAGAUGACAAUGACGUAGACGGCCCUGGUGAGGCCGAUGAUGAGCAAGAGACACAGCACUCCUAUGGCCCCCGACCGUGGACAUGGUGGGAUUCCAACUGGAACUAUGACUCCUGGGAGUAUGGAUGGCCGACAUCCUACCAUGGUUCCGAGGAGCAAGCCUGGCUCCUCGAAGCCCCUGAGCUGCUACCUGAGUAUGUCCAGGGAUGGUACCUGCUCUAUGACUCAGGUCUGGAGACCAAUGAGAAGAACAUGAUCAUUGCUGCCCUGAAGGGCAACUUCAACCUGUCCAAUGUGGCCCAGGAACUGCGAAACCAAUGGUCUGAUGAAGACCUCCGUCGGCGUGACCAGAGCAGCCGCUCGUCAGGGUUCUUGGCCGAUGGUGAUGGGGAACUAUCAGCUGGAGAAGAUGAAGGUGAAGCUUGGAUGAUGGAUGAGCAGCUUUCAGAAGAAGGCCAAGCUCUGGUGUCCCAGGCCCAGCAUGAGAUCAUGGAAGCACAGGCUCAGAUCGAUCAAGGACGUCGAACACUGCGACAGGCCAGAGCCCGUCAGCACCAGGUUCGAAUGUCUCGCAGAUACUACAAGACAAGCUAUCACAUGAGCCAGCCUGACCGGCAGGGUCGCAACCAUACCCCUGACACAUGUUUGAAGUGUGGAGGCCGUCACAAGACGGCAGACUGCCUGAAGAAGUCCCCAGGAGCCAACAAUGUGGAUCAGCCUGAAGCUGCCCCUUUUGUAUGCUUCAGCGACAUGGAUGGCUCUCCAGAAUCUGCUAUGACACUGGAGUCGGGCAUCACCACUCGUGAUGCUGUGAUGCAAGGUAAGGCCGUGAUUGACGGUGGUGCCACCAAGACCUUGGGAUCAGUGACCGCGCUCCAGUACAUCAUGGACCUGAACAAGGCCAAGGUGGGUGACACCGGCAUCAACGAUCUGGAUCUGAGUGACCGACCUGUGUUUGGUUUUGGCAACAGCAGCCGUGACCAGUGCAUCUCAACGGCCAAGCUGUCAAUCCAGGCCGACCAGAAACCUGGCAAUUUGAAGAUUCAUGCACUGGAUCGUGGCGAGGGUCCAGUCUUGUUUUCCAUCGAGGCUUUGAGAUCCUUAGGUGCAGGUCUAGCCAUGGUAGGCAGCCGUUCAGAGAACUCGAGAGACGCCUCUAGCAGCCCUAGCUUGGUAGACUCGACAUCGACCGAUGCCCCGCAUGAAUCGUGCCGAGAUGGUGGCCGAGCUGGCGGAGUACGGGGUGAUGGCACCGAAGGAAUGGACCAUCCACGAGUUGGAGUACCACCUUCACGAGCACCGCGCCCAAGAGGGCAUCCAAGUGAAGAAGGGCAAGAGUCAGACCUCCCUCCGAGAGCAUAUGACAGCCCUGAAUGUGGCAGGCCGCAAGAAGCAGGACCUGCAAGAUCAUUUGGUCCAGCACCUGAAGAUGCCUCCAAUGCCAAAUGCCACCAUAUGGACCUGAAGCGAGCGGCCAUCACCAAGAUCUACCAGAUCUCCGAGUGCCACCCAAUGGGCCCAGUGGGUUUCGGGAAGCACAGCUCCCUGACAUACCAGGAGGUAGCCCAACAGCACCCAGGCUACUGCGACUGGGUCACGAAGACAGCGAUGGAGGGCGACAGUUGCCUUCUCCUCCAACGCCUGGCCACAUGGUUGGAGCAGAGGACUGUGGCGAAUCCCGUCAAGGUGGUCAGUCCAGGCCCCAAGAACAAGAAGGUCACAACCGAGGCCACCAGCAGUGUGGAGACACAGACUCUGCAGAUGCUGGCAUCCAUGGGUCAGAUGCUGAACCAGUUGAAAGGAGAAGUGGACAGCCUGAAGGAGGAACGUCCUCGCAAGGCUGGCAGUUUCGAGCCUGAGAGUGGCCCUAUGAAGCAACUCCCCGAGAGCACCAGUAGGUUUUUGACUAGUUGUGUUGAUGGCAUGCUUCCCAGUGCACUCUCCUCCCUUGCGUCCAGUGGUAGAUUAGAACUGUUGGAAAUUGCUUGCUCUGAGACAAGCAUUCUCACUGCUGAAAUGCGAAGACUGACUGGCCGAGAGGAUGCAGCAGAGCGCCUCUCCCUGUGGAAUGGAUGUGAUCUGAGCACGAAUGAGGGAAUACGGAAGGCUGUUCAGGUGAUUGACCUCAAAAGACCCCGAAAUGUUUGGCUUUCUCCGGUUUGUGGACCAUACUCACUGAUGCAGAAUGCUAACCAGAGGACCCCUGAACAGGUGGAAGCUUUGCAGGAGAAGCGUAGGCAUGCGUUGAAACAAUAUGUUGGAUGUUGUAUCAUUUACUCCUAUGCUGUGCGAGCUGGAUGUCAUGCCACGUGGGAAUGGUCUCAAAGUUGUUUGGGUUGGAGACUCCCCAUUAUCAAGGCCCUUCAGGAACGUCAUCAACCCCUGUUUGCUGUGGUUCGUGGAUGUCAAGUGAACUUGAGAAAUGACCAGGGUGAUUUCAUUUCUAAGGGCUGGAAACUGAUGACCACCAACAGAGCUUUGGCCGAAACCAUGGAAUUGCCGUGUUCAUGCCCCAAAAAUACGGUCCAUGUGAGUUGUGAGGGUUCCCUGACCAAUAAGACGGCUUUUUACACCAAAGAGUUUGGAAGGCUGGAUGCUGAUGGUAGUUUCCGUAGUCAUGCUGUUGAGGAGUUCUGUGAUAGGAACAAAAUCUACUUGGACAUGAUCCCCGGGGAAGCUCAUUGGCGAAUUGGGGUGUGUGAACAAGCCAUAAGACGCCGACUUGUGAAGUGUAGUUUGGAACAACUGCGACUGGCCUCAGAAAAGGAGACCAUUCUCUCCGAACUGGCCGCAGGGGAAUACUCAGAUUGGGAUUUUCAUCGAGUGGCCAAAGAACUCGGUGGUAACGAGUUUGAGGACAUCUCAGAGGAGGUUCCCUCUCAAGAGGAGUGGCAUCGAGCACAAGACCCACAACAGGAGUGGCAGCCCACUCACCGUUGUCGUGGGAAGAGAUCGGCUCCACUGCAAACAAGAGAACAGCAACCAAUGGAGCUGGAUGGACCAAGUUUUCCGGAGGAUCCUCCAGACUCUGACCUACCACCACGUUUUUCAACAGGUGGGUCGUCCAGUAGCAGACCCUGCAGAUCUCGCUCUCGUGGGCGAACUGGUCACAAAGAUGACUCCAUGGGACUGAUUGCAGAGCCUGCCUGGUUUGAGCAACAACAUGUACAAGAACAGUUUCCAGAGUCUCCAUCGAGCUUCUGGGCAGACCAAACCGCCGCAGUUACAGUGGAGAUCCCGAUGCCAGAGACCAGGUCUAGCAGUGAGCGAGCUCUACAAGAUCUCACCUCAUAUCUGGCACAGAGCAUCAAGAAGCGAGCAGCCGUAGAAAUUCGGGAAAAAUAUCUGACAGAAGAAGAGCGGAAGAUGUUCAGAUCCGCAAAGGCCGUGGAAGUGAACAAUUUUCUGGCAGCAAAGGCUUUUGAAGCUCUUCCUCCUGGACUCAAGCCUGAUCGCAGCAAAGCGGUCCACAUGCGUUGGAUACUGACCUGGAAAUACAAGGAAGAUGGCACCAGAAAACCAAAGGCUCGAUGUGUGCUGCUGGGGUAUCAAGACCCGAGUUAUGAGCACCGGGCGACUACCUCGCCCACAACCACCAGGCAAACCCGCCAACUCCAAUUACUGAUUUCUGCAGGAAAAGGGUUCAAAAUGCGGAAGGGUGAUGUGACAGGAGCUUUCUGGCAAAGCCGACCAUAUCCUGAUGAUUUGCUCUGCGUUCCCUGUCCAGAGAUCUGCGAAGGAAUGGGUUUGGCUGAGGGCUCACUGAUCAAGGUCAGAAAAGCCUGCUACGGCCUGGUGGACGACCGUAAAAGUCCAACCGAUGAGACAGAAAAGUCUCAGCUGAGAGCGCUGCUAGGGGCAGAGAAACGAACUGACAUCAGCUUGCUGUCAUUAAAGGAGGCUCAAGAGCGCAACCUUGUUGAUGUGAGAUGGGUUCACAGCGAAGCCCAGUUAGCCAAUGGGCUGACAAAAGGCGGUGAAUUCAAACAGCUGUCCUUGUUUUAUGACAUGCAAUGUCGCUGGCGCGUGGUGGAAGACCCUGAUCGCACAGACGCUGGCCUCUUCCGGCAGCAUUUGAGAGCUCAGGAUCUCAUCUCUAUGAGAAAGUUUGUUGAGAAGAUGAACAAGGAGGUUCGGAAGGACCUGAACCAAGUGAAUCAGCAUGUUCUACAGAUUGCAGAGGUUGUCAAGGAGAUUCGAAGCCCAGCAGCCUUCGGAACGGUGCUGCAGACUCGAACGGUGACGCCCGAGGCCGAGGCGCCCGAGCCCGCGCGGCUUUCCGCGGCGCAGAUCGCGGCGAUGGCGAAGCCAACGCUGGAGAUGGCGUCCAUGGCGGGCGAAAAGCAGCGGGAUGUGUCUCCCGUGCCCCUGCGCGCCCAUAUGCAAGCGAAUCCAGCAUUCCGAAAAACCACACCGAAUUACCAUUCUCAAAGGGCUCAAGCUCAAAAUGUUGGACACGAAGGUGCCCAAACCCACGCGGGCAGCAAGAGAUUUCCAGAAUUGGACGGCAGCCUGCCGCAAAAAUUGCAAGAAAUGCAGGACAUCCUCGGCGAGCUCAUGGCGGGCCCUUAUGCAGUCGGCCCCCGCGUCGAAGACCGCAACGAAAACGGGGCCGGCCCGCCUUUCGGCGGCCCGGGGGAGGACGGAAUGCAGAAAUUGCGAAGAGCUGGUCGAGGCGAUCGAGGGAGUCCGAGACAGGAGCAGCGGAUCUCCGAUCCGCGAGAUCCGAGGGGCCGUAGCAAUGGGCCGCACGGGGUGCCCGUGGUGCAGGGGCGACCAGUGCCCACCGAGGAAAUCCCACGUGGCCGCAUGGUCCAAGCGACACGGCUCCAGAGAAGACUUUCCCACACCUCCGACCCGCAAGACGAAAUUGAGGUGUGA